UGACGGGCUGUUGGCUAGAUUGCUUGCAGAGCAGGACAAGAUGAAAGCUCAGUUGGAGGAUGCUCUGGCCUCCAAGCGAAGAUUAGAGGCUAUUGAGAAAGAAAUGGGCGAGGUGAUUAGAGCUCGCGAUGAAGCCCGAACCGAUGCCGAGAAGUGGCAGGAGGAGGCUUUGCAUCCAUGCAAGAGGCUGCAUCACCCUUUCAACACCUGUCGCCAAGUCUAAUCUACGCCCUGUUCGGUCUACACCUUUGAAAUCGUCGGUGACCUCUGUUGACUUGAAGAGGGUGGCUGACAUGCAUCGUCUGGAGGUGGAGACCAUCCAAGAGAUCCAUAUUCGGGAAUUCAACGCAAGGAGGGAGGCUGAGCAGGAGCUCGACAAGGCUAAGGAGAGAAUCGCACAGUUAGAGAGGGAUCGGAUUGAGAAAGAUAAAGCCACGAGGACUCCAUGUUCUAAUCUACGUGGCAAGAUGGACGAGGCUGCUACGGCCAAAGGUAAGGAGAAGGUCUCUUGUGGGAAAGGUAGUUCCAAGGAUGCAGAGAUGAAGGCGACUUUCGUCAGAGAAGCUAGAAAGGAUCUGCGAGGUUUAACCAAGGAUGCUCUCAUUACGAUCUGUGAGAAGGAAGGGGUAAAAUAUGCCGGCGUUAAGCAGACUGUUCAUGACAUUAUCGCCUCACGUGUUAGUAAGGCGUUUCCUCCCAAAGAUUCAGUGGUAGAUGUCUCGGAGGAUCUGGUCGACACGGUCAACGGUAAGGACUCCGGGGGAGACUCGGCUGCAUCUUAGGGUCUCUCCCGGACGUGACUACGCUAUGGAAUCUCUUUCCCAGUUGUUGCAAGUUGAGGGCUAGUUCGUCUUCGUAUUUACGGUGUAAGAUUUUGAA